GACCCAGCAAAGCAUGCUCAAGACUGCCUGAUGAUAAGAAGAUCCAAGUGAGGUCCCUUGAGUACAUUCAUUCUGCACAAUGUGCAAGGCGCCAAUGUUCAUCACUUCUUGUGCAGUUGUGGAUCUCAGCUCAUCCUCCCCUCGCUACACGUCCUUUUGGUAAGUCAGUGACUAGCUCCCGAUCCCAAUCCACAGCAUGGAGGUGGGCAAAUUGCUCUUGGACAUUCUGAUGGGCCUCGCCCUCUCCUUGUAUUACGGCGUGAUCAACUUGGCCAAAUCCUUCUUCCCGGAUCAGUUCAAGAAGGAUGUGGCUAACGAUGUCGUGCUGAUUACCGGUGCUGGAUCCGGUCUUGGUCGACUAAUGGCCUACCAGUUUGCCAAACUUGGAGCCAUCGUUGUGUCUGUGGACGUGAACAAGAAGAGCAACGACGAGACAGUCAAAAAGAUCAACGAGACGGGUGGAAAAGCCUUCGGAUACGUGUGUGAUUUGAGUGAUCGUGCCAAGAUUUACGAGACGGCCAACAAGGUUCGAGCCGAGGUGGGGACUGUUUCCAUCUUAGUCAAUAACGCUGGAAUAGUUUCGGGCACCUUCCUUCUGGACACUCGAGAUGAAUCAAUUGAUCGGACUUUCAAAGUGAACAUUUUGGCCCAUUUCUGGACCAUCAAGGCCUUCCUACCCGAUAUGAUCAGCCAAAAGAAGGGUCAGAUUGUCAAUAUUGCCUCGCUGGCUGGACACGGUGGCCAGUCAAAGUUGGUCGACUACUGCAGUUCCAAGUUUGCAGCAGUAGGCUUGGACGAGGCUAUGCGUGUCGAGUUGAAGUAUUUGGGCCAUGAUAACUACAUCAAGACAACUUGCGUCUGCCCAUACUAUAUCAAUACAGGCAUGUUUGACGGCGUCGAUUCGAAGUUCAUUCCGAUCCUGAAUCCUGAUUAUGUGGUGAAAAUUGCCAUGGACGGAAUACUGACCAAUACGCAGUGCGUCUUCGUUCCUUGGUGGAUCAAGAUUCUGAUGGCCUUCCGAGUGAUUUUGCCACCAGAAGGAUUUCAAUUACUAUCUACGGCUUUUGGGUUGAACAGCUGCAUGGACGAGUUUAAAGGGCGGAAGAAGAUUAACUGAAUGUAGCAUGUGUUAUUAAAUUCAUUGAUAAAUAAAUGAAACGAUGUCCAACGAAUAAA